AUGUGCUCUGUUGGUGGCGUUAAAUAUGGUUCACGGAAAUCGGAUACAUUCUGCGAUCGGAAACUUCUCGACGAUUUAAAUGCAAAAGCGCCAAAUGCAAAUGCGAUACGCGAGUUUUUAACGUUGCUAGCAAUCUGUCAUACGGUUGUUCCAGAGAAGAUAACUGAUGCGAAUGGGGGGCAUAUGAUUUACCAUUCGCCGUCACCAGAUGAGACAGCUCUGGUUAAAGGCGCACGCGACCUGAAAUUUGUUUUUCAUACACGAACUCCGCUCUGCGUUUACAUCGAAGCUGACAAUGUGAUAUUUCCGCGGCUAGUACCAAACGUUGAUCAAGAAAUAACUACCAGUACAACCAAUCAUCUUAUCGAUUUCGCUAAUCUUGGUUUUCGAACACUGUGCAUGGCGGUGCGUGUAAUCAGUGAAGAAGAAUACGAGACCUGGGAGCCAGGCUAUUACCAGGCCAGUGUAGCUAUUGAAGGACGUGAAAAACUCAUUGAGGCGGAAGCCGAAAAAAUGGAAAAGGUAAGCAGUCGAACAUCAAAUGACUUAUGA